AUGUACCGCAACCUGUUGUUUUGCCGCACGUGCCGAUGCCGCGUCUGCCCGAGAUGCGACCUGACUGUGUGCCGCCACCUGACCCUGUACCGCUCCAUGACGCUGUGCCGCAUCGGCCGGAGGUACAUACCACAUGUUCCGCCGCCAUCCCCGCCGCCGCCGUUCGAUGCCGAGCCGCCGCGGGAUGUGGAUCAGCGGCCGCGAACUGUCACCCGUUUCGGGCGUGAGGCCAACGGGAUGGUGGAGCGCCUGCACCGGCAGCUUAAGGCCGCGCUGCGCGCCGCCGCGCCCGCCCGCUGGACGGAGGCUCUUCCUUUGGCGCUGCUCGGAAUCCGCUCGGCGCUCAAACAAGACCUGGGCUGCAGCACUGCCGAGCUGGUGUACGGAGCACCUCUACGCCUACCUGGUGAACUCAUCACCCCGUCCGCCACCGCGCCUCCUACGCCGGAAUCAUUCGCCGCCGAGCUUCAGCGCACCAUGGCGGCACUGCGCCCGACGGCACCACGACCAGCACCAAGCGCGCCGUCGUACGUGCCGCGCGCGCUGGACCACGCCUCGCACGUGUUCGUGCGCCACGACGCAUGCCGUCUCUAG